AUUUAAUCUCUAUGCUGAAGGCGGAAACCCUUCAUUUAAAAGGUCUUUAUCGAAGAUACUUCUUUAUACCAAAAUUUAGAAGUUUAGUAUUUACUUUAGGAUCGACAAAUUCACUUAUAUAUUGGUUCGAUUUAUACAUCGAUUUAAUAGAAAUGUUAAAGUAGUAUCUAUUUUUAUUGAUUUACUCGAUGUAUACAGAUAAUUUAAGAACACCAAGAAUAAAUAAAUUGGUAAAUAUACAUUGCACGGAUCAAAUGUUGUUAUUUUUCUCUUUUAACUGUCCUCUAGAGAAAUAUCUGAUCGCUUGAAUAUUACAGAAAGUAAUAGACGAGUGUCUAAUGUCACGAUAAGACAUACUUAAAUUUCUCUCUUACUUUAAUUUCUCUCUUCUCUAAGUUAUAAUAGAAUUUCUUUUACGUUAUUAUCAUUUACCUUAUCAAAAUUGCAGGACAAAAAGUUAUGAAAAAAAGAAUGUGAUUCUUUUUGUUGCAAUUACAAAUAUCAAGACAAUUGGAAACGGAUACUUAAAUAUUAAAUAUUGAUUACGUCGAAAUUUUGUGACUCUCCAAUAAAUUUGUAUAAAUUUAUAAAAAUAUAUAUUUAUAUAAAUUUGAGAGACAGAUUAUUGUUACUGCUGCUAUAGGAAUAUUUUAAAUAUUAAAAAUUAUUAUUUGCAAAAUGAUAGAAUUUAAAUUAUCCGUACCAAACAAGAUAAGUUUAUUUGGAGAACACAUGUUACCUUACGGUUAUAGCGGUGUGGCAGCUGGUAUAGAAUUGCGUACAAGAAUGUCAUUUACCGAAGUAUCAGAUGUUAACAGGAUCGUUAUAAAGUUCCCUCAAAUAGAUCUACAUUUCGACAAACCUUUAAAAGAAUUUCUACGUAUUUACAAGAAGUGCGUAUCGAAUAAAAGCAAGAGAGAAAUAUGGCAUGAGCAAGUUUCACAAUAUAUCACUACUUGCACAUCUCUUACUUGCACAAAUGAUCAGAGACUAAUUUUAGUGGCUUUCUUUUAUUUACUUAUUUGCAUUGCCGAAAAGGAGAAAAUACGUUUUAAAUCUUUCGAAAUUUAUUUGUCCACUCAAUUAAAAAUUGAUACGGUUUUCCCCUGUCCAUCGUCAUUUGCAGUAUGUUUUGCAACGGGUUUUUUAUAUUGGUCACGUCUGCAGAAAGGAGUUGUGCAGAAUAGUUUUAGUAAUGAUGAUCUGAAGAAAAUACUACACACAGCUUCGCUUUGCACGAAAAUUUCUUCGAAGUUUCAAGAAGUCGACAUUAUUGUGUGCACAUAUGGUUCAACAAUUGUACAUAGGAAAACAUAUAUGGAAGGACAGGCAUCAAUAAACUGGGAUACUUUUAAUAUGCCGGAGAUGAUAGUUUUGCUUGUCGAUUCAAAUAAGCUACAAAGUCUACAAGAACAAUUGCAGGAAAUAACAAUCAAAUCAAAUGUAGUUCCAAAUUAUAUUCAACAUUUGAUUACAUAUCUUAAUAACGAAACGAUAAUAGCUGUGAGAACAUUAUUUGAAAUUGAUUCUAUCCAAAAAAAUAAUCAACUAAAUGCUAUAACAAGAUAUGAAAAAUUGAUGAGUCAACAACGAGAAUUAAAAAUGGCCUUGUCACAUUUGGUCUUCGUUCAUUAUUUGACUAAUACAACUGAAUAUAUUCUGGAAUAA